AUGACUGAACUUAUUCCAAACACAAACACAUUAAACAUCCAAGAAAACGAAGUGAAAGAAGAAGUCGCAGGCGCUAUCACGCCGUCAGAUUUGCAAUUAUUAAAGCGUACUAAUGGAGGGACAGGCCAAAUUUUCAAUCAGAACCUCGAGGAUACAAAAGUGAUACUGGUCGAAAAUUUCCCCUUAACCGACAAAGAAACGACGAGUAUUGUUGAGGGACACGGUGAACCACCACCUCGAUCCGAAAAGUCGGAAGAAAAACAUUUUUUGGUAAAGCUUCACUUGCCAGAGAACACUCAAAUGCAAGAUCAAAUCAAUUUGGAAGGUAGUAAUAGUUUAGUCUCUAAAGACAAACCAGGCAGAGCAUCUCAUAAAACGAAAGGAAAGAAAAAGGCUUCCGACGCGAUUCAAGAGACUUCCGAUUAUGAUAUGUAUGAGGAUGAGAGUGAGGAGGGAGAAGAGAGCAUAUCAGAUGAUGACGGUUCUUAUGUGGUCGAUGAUGAAAUUUCUGUUUAUCACGAAAGUUCAGAAUCUGAUAAGUAUGAGAUUGACAUAUCAGAUGAUGAUGAUCUCGGUGUAGACGACGGGGAAAUUUCUACCUACAAAUCACGCAUGAGAAAAUGGGCAUUAACUCGCCGACGUCUCAGAGUUGCGCCAAAUUCGAUAAAAGUCACGAAAGAGAAUGAAAUGGAUAUCAUUGCUUCAGAAAUCUAUAUGUCAGAUCCAAAAUAUGAAGAUGCCAUCAUAGAUAAUACCCUCAAAAUACCUGGCGAGAUUUAUCACAAACUCUUUGGUUAUCAGAAAUUAGGGGUGGAAUGGUUCUGGAAACGUCAUCAAAAUAAUCAAGGUGGAAUAUUAGGAGAUGAAAUGGGGCUUGGAAAAACUGUUCAAAUGAUUGCCUUCCUAGCCGGUCUCUUUUAUUCGAAUCAAUCACAACAGGCUACGAUAAUAAUCUGUCCGGCAACUCUUAUGUUUCAAUGGGUGAAAGAGCUCCAUAAUUGGUGGCCACCAAUAAGAGUGGGAGUUCUUCAUUCGACCGGUAGAGCCGUUUCAUCCCAUAGUGAUGAAGAUAGUGGUGCAGCUAAACUCAUAAAGACAUUUACUAAAAAAGGUCCUGGUCAUGUUAUAGUUACCACUUAUGAGUCAGUAAAGAAAUUUCGUGGACUAUUACUUGGCUGUUUUUGGGAAUACGUGGUGCUUGAUGAAGGCCAUAAAAUACGUAAUCCUGAUGCGGAGGUGACUUUAACAGUAAAAGAAUUUAAAAGCACUCAUAGGAUCAUUCUGUCGGGAACUCCUAUUCAGAAUAAUUAUAAAGAAUUGUGGAGUCUAAUGGAUUUUGUGGCUCCAGGAAAAUUCGGCACAUUACCUGUAUUCGAGGAACAUCUCGCGAAUAAGGUGAUUGUAGGUGGAUAUCGACAUGCAAAUGAAUAUGAGGUACAGACAGCUUAUUAUUGUGCUCGAAUAAUGGCCGAUUUCGUUGAACCUUAUAUGUUGCGUCGUACCAAAGCCGAGACGGCAAUACAACGUCCUAAGCAAACCGAUCAAGUGCUUUUCUGUAAACUCACUCCACAUCAAAGAAAAUUAUAUCAAGACUUUCUUAAAGAAAGAGAAAUGAAAGACUUUGUCACUAAGAGUAAAGAUUAUGGGAACUGUGAACGCUCUGGGAAAAUGUUGGUGGUGAAAUCUCUCUUGGAGAUGUGGAAACCAAAAGGACAUCGAGUGUUACUGUUCUCACAAUCGACUGAAAUGCUUGAUAUUUUGGAAAAAUUUAUAAAAUCAUUGCGAUAUAAAUAUCGUAGACUUGAUGGAACUACGCCAAUCUCGAAACGUCCAUUUUUAGUUGAGGAGUUCAAUACUAAUGACAGCAUCUAUAUUUUGUUGUUGACUACAAAAGUAGGUGGCGUUGGCUUGAACCUUACGGGUGCUGAUCGAAUUAUCAUCUAUGAUCCAGAUUGGAAUCCUUCUAACGACGAUCAAGCAACUGAACGUGCAGCACGGCCAGGACAAUCCAAAAAUGUAUCAAUUUAUCGAUUAAUGACUUUUGGCACCAUAGAAGAAAAGAUUUAUCAUCGCCAGCUAUUCAAGAGAAUGAUGUCCAAUAAAAUAACACGGAAACCAAGCAAGGACGAUAUUCAAUUUGAAGCUGAAGAUUUAUAUGAUCUUUUCUCGCUUGGGAAUCCUGAUGCCAAAGACACCGAAACUAGUUACAUGUUUGGGGACGCUGAAAUCGGAAUGGAGGAACCAGAACCCAAAAGAAGAAAACCAAAUUCUCAUAAUAGUAAGAGUGCUAAUAAUCGAUCAUCAACUUCGCGUAGUAAAUCUAAUCCUAUUGGAAACAGUUUAUUAGCUCAUAUGCAUAAUUAUAACGAACUAUCAACUUUCUACAAUCCCACGGCUUUACUCGAUUCCGAGGAAGAAGGGGAAAUCAGAGAAACGCCUUCUAAAGGCGAUGCUUUUGGUGGUGUUGUGAGGGUGGAAGAUAGAAACAAAGAACAAAAGGAGGAAAAGGAGGAAUCUGAAGAGAAAGAUUUACUCCAAAUGUUGUAUAAGACAGCUGGAUUACAUAGCGUUUUUAAACAUGACAAAGUUCUCGGCGCAAAAUCAACAAAUAACUCAUCCGUUUUCGAGAAAGUUAUUGAUGAAAAGGCACGCAAAGCUGCCAAAGAAGCGAAGGAAGCUUUGGAAAUUAGCCGUCGUCAAUUGCGAAACCUUCCGUUGGGUACUUUAACGUGGACAGGACAAUCAGGAAAAGGAGGGAUUAAAUUUGAUCCAUCAAAAUUAAGGAAAAACGAUGAUCCAUGGGAUUUUUCACAAAACAAGAGGUUUUAG